AUGAACAUAACCAAGUUUACGGAAACGGUACAUAACGCUCAGGGAAAUGCAGUCAACAAUGGUGUGGUUAACGACAAACAACUGUUAUUAGCAUUUGUUGUCAACCGGCAUGGAGAACGGACGCCUGACGCUGAUGAACUGUCGCUUUCCAACGAAAAAGAGAAACUGAGAAAGCUUAUAAGUAUUGAAGGUCUCGAAGGACUAACAAAUGCUGGCAAACGUACAGCCUUCCAAAUCGGAAAGUUUAUCCGACAACGUUAUGGCUCCCAAGGAUUGAAGAUGUUAUCAAACAUCUAUCUUCAAGAUGAGAUAUCAGUUAGGAGUACGGACAAGGAGCGGACAAAAAUGACGGCCCAAGUCGCAAUGGCGGCUGUGUACCCCCCAGAAGUACCUCAACAGUGGGACGAAGGUUUAGGCAAGGUUUGGCAGCCGGUUCCAUACACUGCCGUGCCUUUACGGGAAGACUAUCUGCGCUAUUACUCCAACUGCGAAAAGUUUAAGGAAUUAAUGGAGAAAGCUAAAAAAGAAUCGAUUUAUGAAGAGUUCGCUGUGUUUAAUGACCUGAUCCCUACGCUGAAAACACAAACAGGGCGUAACUUCACUGAAAACCCACUACUAUUCCAGACAAUCAACGAUUUGUUUAGAAGUCAGAUCGCCCUCGGCUUGGGUGUACCACAAUGGGCUAAGCCUCUUCUACCACGACUUAGUGAAGCAUCGAGAUUAGCGUAUAGGUUGUAUUAUAAGACUGAUGAAAUGAAAAGAAUUGGUGGAGGCGUUAUGUUGAACGAUUUCAUCUCAGCUGCAAACGAUAUAAUAGCUGGCAAGACCGUCACGAAGAGGUUCCGAUUAUUCUCGGCCCACGACUUCAACAUCGGUGCCCUGAUGGACGUUACGAAGGUCGUGAAGAGAGAGCAAAUCGUCCCCGAGUAUGGAUCUCUAUUUGCUAUUGAGCUGUACAAAUCCAAGAGCAAUGAAGAAUUCACUGUUUUGCCGGUGUAUCUGCCAAAAGCUGGUGAGUCGGACGCCCAGUACCUGCACUUCACAGGCUGCGAAAACGACAAUUACUGUAAUUACAAACAUUUCGCCGAUCUCACCAAGGAGUACCUUCUACCAGAGAAGGAGUUUUACAAAAUCUGCAACAUCAAGACAGAACUGUAG